AUGUUUAAUGCGCGAAUCUACUCCCGCCAGAUCUACAAGGGACUCGCCACCCAUGGCAACGGGAAUCUCAAGCCCCUGGGAGUCAUGAAGACGGGCACCCAAGGCUUGGAGCAUGCCAGCACCGCCAUCACACGUCCCAGAGUCGCCACACCCAAUCAAGAUGCGGUCUACCCCGUGGCUCAAGGCGGCCAGGAUCAAUUCUCCGACCCCGAAGGUCGUCGUCAGACUAGGGUUGCGCCGAUCAGAGGGUACAAGGCUGAGACCUGCAGCAGCAGCCAUUUCGAUCACCGCUGUGCGUGGCGAAGUGGUGGCAGUCAGGGCGUCCGGCUGUGGACCGAGGAUCCCAAAGAAUGA